AUGUCGACAUACGUCCCACAGAAGAUAGAUUUAACUCCGCGACGAUAUCAUGGUUACGCUGUCCUGCUAUUCAUCAUGGGCACCCUCUUCCCUCCCCUCGCUGUCGCAGCGAGGUUCGGAAUAGGGAAGGACUUCUGGCUUAAUGUCGUAUUGACCAUCUGCGGAUAUAUACCUGGCAAGUUCCGCACCCUCUCAUCCGUCCCGAACAUCCGCAACAACAAGAACCACGCCCGCACUCCCAAGUGGGCACAGCGCUGGGGCCUCGUCGACACUUCCGAAAUCAAGCGCAAAGAACGCAAAUCCCAGUGGGCAGCCCGCUACAACGACAGACUGCCACACUCUGCACUUGAAGGACAACCAUACGAAGAAGGCCAAGAGCAAGGCUCAAGUGUUGAUCUGUCAGUCGAAGGCCGAAAUGGCAAACCACAAAGACAACCCAACGGUGACCUAUGGCGCCCCGAGGACGAAUCGUACUACAACAACGAGCGGGCCUCUGUCGGCUCCUCGUCCGGCCGCUGGCAUUAUCCCGCUAACUUCGAUGAUGUCGAGCCCAUCAGCGCCGACAAGCGUAGUAAGAAAAAGAAAAAGAAAGACAGAUGGGAGAGGACACAGGAUGCAUAUUCUAUGUCAUCCGAGGGCGAGUCGAGGAAGAAGAAAAAGAAGAAACGAAAGUCUUCCGACGCCGCCAACAGUGUGGCUUCGAGGGAGUCGGGCAACGAGUUCCCAGAGGAUCCCGAGGGCGGCUUGUACUCCGAACGACCCCGCUCACCAGCAACAGCAGACGAAGCAGCACCCAAGAAGACAACGGACGAGGACGUCUUCAAACAUCAGUUCUGA